CACACACGCUCACACACACACACACACGGACAGAGAAAGGACCCAACAUGGCUGAAGCAGAAGAAAGCGAGUUAACUUCUGGUGGUAUUUUUAAGGAGAUCUUCACCUCCCCGCUGAACCUGACCCUGCUCAGCCUCUGUCUGUUCCUCUUGUACAAAAUAUUCCGCGGGGACAAACCACCAGAGCUCGGCGAGGUGGAAGAACCGCUGCCCAAACUGAAAAAGAGAGACUUCACCUUCGCAGAGUUGAAGCCCUACGAUGGACUCCAGGACCCGAGGAUCCUCAUGGCUGUCAACGGGAAAAUCUUCGACGUGACCAGAGGGAAGAAAUUCUACGGGCCAGAGGGCCCGUAUGGCGUGUUUGCGGGCAGAGACGCGUCCAGAGGUCUGGCGACGUUCUGCCUGGAGAAGGAGGCCCUGAAAGACGAACACGACGACCUGUCCGACCUGAACGCCAUGCAGCAAGAGAGCCUCGCCGAGUGGGAGACGCAGUUCACCUUUAAGUACGACUACAUCGGCAAACUCCUGAAACCCGGGGACGAGCCCACGGAGUACACCGACGACGAGGAGGAGGGAAAAGACAAAAAGGAAGACUAGAAAGAAAAUAACAAGCGAACCUAGAAAUGGUCGAUGCCUUAAUGUUGGUUUGUAAUUUUUAAUGCCUGUUGCCUCCUAUUAGGGCCAUUCUUCUGUAUGUAUUCUAGUACUUUGUUGGACUUUCACGGCCCAGACUGAAUUCCAUUCAUCUCCGUUGACCUUGUGCUCACUAACAGAUAAAUAUGCUGCGUUCUGUUGUAGAGCCGUAGUGAUGUUAGCGUGCCAUCAGCUUAAACGCGGACCCCGUAGAUUGUUGUGGAGAAUCGAGAACUUGGACCAAUUCCACUGACGGUCAUUCGUCCUGUAGGUUCGAGAGCAGUCGGUGGACUAAAGCAGGAGGAGAUCCGCUGUUGCUAGGAGACGAUCCGCAGCUCCUUCGUACACUUUGUCAAUAUCGCGGCUGACGCAUCGCCGGUUGUACACAUUCCUUUCGUUCAAGGUUUGGCCUCAGCUCACAUUGAAAUGAAUUAUCUCAGGAAGUAGUUUCACUCAAAAUGUUGCUCAAUUAUGUUGAGGAUCUAGAGCCAGAAGGCUGAUUUGUUUUUUUUGUUGUUUUUUUGCUUUCUUAACCUGUUUUAAAUGCACGUUUUUGAGUCAGACCAAAAGUUAGUUAGUGUCGCCGGCAAGUUUCCCAUGAAAGUCGAUCUCUAUCCGGCGGACUAAUGUCGGUGUUUACUUUUGUUCUGACUCUUUAAGACAAGCGCUUGGAGGUAUUUGUGUCAAAUUAAGUUCAUUUGGAGGUCCGUUAGUAAGCUUGCAUUUCCCCCCAUAAUAUGUUUUUUUUUUUGGCAACACAAAUGUGAAAAUGACACCGGCUGAAAGAAACACCGCUAAACGGAUGUAUUUGAAGGACUUUUUCUUUAUAAACUGUACUAAUCGCAUUAGCUUUAUUUACCAAUAUCUGAGAACUGAAGAACUGUUUCCCGUCUGCUCUUCAAACAAUACGAUGACAUACGAGGACGAUGACGUACAGGUGUCUUGGUCUGCUGGUCUGAAUUCUACGAUGACGUAUUAGGGCUAUUGUAGUUUUUGUUUUUUGUUUUUUAAGCAGUAAUAUUCCAUUUAAAAAAGACAAGAAAAGAAUUCAGAGAAUUAGUGGUAAAUUUAUGAGGGGGGAAAAAAAUCAACAAAUGUAUAAGAACAUAAGAACUUGAAUAUUCUCUGAGAUUGUUAAGUCAAUGAUUUGCAAUUUAAAAAAAUCUGAAAUUCAAGUCACAAAUGUAUGAGAGAAGAAUAAACCAACUUCACUUUGAUAAAGUUAUUCUCAAACAUUUGUGAUUUUUAUUUUAAAAAAACUUAACAUUUAAAUCUGGAGAAUUAUUCGUUUUUAACCCCCUCCCCUGGCUCUGUAAUUACUAUAAUUUUAUUUUUCUUCAAUGGCCCUUGUAUGCCGUCUUAAAAAUUCUCCUCUCCGUUAAUAAAUAAAAGAAAAACAAGCUUUUUGGCAGAUGUUCUGAAUGUAAAACUCACAAUGACAAUCCUGGUUGUUUGCUGCAGAGCCUCCGAUCCCAAAUAUAUAUAUUCCAUUCACCAUUUUAAGUAAUUUGCCAAGCGAAACAAAAUCAUUUUUCUGGUUGCAGCUCCACAAAUAGAAGAAUGUGCUGCUUUUCUUUUGCUUCACACAAUUAUGAUUUGAGUUCCUUUCAGAUUUUGGACUGUAGGUCGGAUGAAACAAGUAAUGUGCAAUGAUUUCUUCCCAAAAGAAUAUAUGCAGAAAACAAUAAAAUAUGAAGCGCUCUCUCUCGUGCGUCAUUUUAGUGCUCAGAACUGUUGUUAAUCACAUGGUGCAGAGGAAACGUGUCGGAAGGUUCAGAGUACAAAAGCUGCUGCCAGUAAUGUUCGAUUUUAUAAAAUCAUAAUUUCUAUUGUUACCCAUUCAGCUAAUGGUUUGUUUACCUUCUUUUUGACACUAAAUCCAUAAUGGAAAGAGAAUCGAACAUUUAUUGGGAGGUCUCUGACGCUCUCAAAGUAUUGUGAACUAGAUAAUAAUGAAAAAAUGUAAAGUUAAAAUCUCCUUAUCAGAGUAUUUUCCAGUUCACAUUUCUAUGUUUCUGUGAAAGUGUUGCAGAAACUUUUUUUUUGCAAGGAAAAUGUUAAUUUUUUUUUUUAAAUCCUGGUCUUUUAUGGAAGAAGUUGGUUUUAAAUGUUGUGUUAAAUAAUGUGUUCACGAUAUUUUUUCUUUGCCUCCAUCGACGGAGAGAUCGGCCACUUUCCGAAAAAUACAUUCAAAGAGGGAAUCUGUUCCGUAUGCAUGUACAUAAACUAAAUGUCAUAAUCCUGAAAAUGAUAUUUUGAUUUAAUAAAGAAGACUACAAAAUAAA